AGGUAGCUAGACCAACCCCUGAGCCUCGGGGUGCUCUGCUUGCUUGCUGGCGAUCAUGGGGUUCCCCAAGAGGCAACCUCGCCCUUGGCUGCUCCUCUCCGUGCUGAUCUGUGUCCAGCCUGGCCUGAGCCUGGCCACAGAGCUGAUCCCCUUCAGACCACAGAUAACAGGCUGGGACCUGGAAGGGAAGGUCACAGCCACUACGUUCUCUCUGGCGCAGCCUCGCUGUGUCUUUGAUGAGCUUGCAGACACAGCAGACACUAUCUGGCUGGUAGUGGCCUUCAGCAAUGCCUCCAGCAGUUUCCAGAAUCCUCAAACGCUGGCCGAGAUCCCAGCCUCCCCACAUCUGCUGAGCGAUGGCUACUACAUGACUAUGCCCUUGUUCCUGGACCACCUGCCCUGCGAGGACCCGGAGGGUGGCAGUGGCGGUGUCCCCGUGCUGCGGGUGGGCAACGAUGUCAGCUGCAGCCAGCAGCCCUAUUGCAAUGACCCCCUGCCCAGCCCAGGCCCCUACAGUGUUAAGUUUCUCCUCAUGGAUGCCAGUGGCUCCCCCAAGGCUGAGACGCAGUGGUCGGACCCCAUCGCUCUCCAGCAAGGCAAAGCCCCGGGCUCCAUCGACACCUGGCCAGGCCGGCGGAGCGGCUGCAUGAUUGUCAUCUCCUCUAUCCUCUCUUCCCUCGCUGGCCUCCUGCUCCUGGCCUUCCUGGCAGCCUCCACCAUGCGCUUCUCCAGCCUGUGGUGGCCAGAGGAGGUCCCUGAACAAUUACGGAUCGGCUCCUUCAUGGGGAAGCGCUACACCACCCACCACAUCCCACCCAGCGAGGCCGCCACCCUGCCCGUGGGCUGUGAACCCAGCCUGGAACCCCUCCCCAGCCUCAGCCCCUAGCCCACCCCUGCAGCUGAGGCCUGGAGGAGGGGGAGGGGGAGCACGUGCCCGGCCUGCAUUCCUCCAGCUGACCUGGUCACACCCUCCCCCUUCCUCCUUGUUCACCAGAGUCCCUUCAUUUUCCUCCUUUGGAGUAAAGGGGUGGAGCAGUGACACUGAGGGUUGAACUUGGAGCUUCACACUCGCUGGGCAGGGGCACUACCACUUGAGCCAUGAAUCCAGCCCGUUAUCCAUCAGUUUGUUUUUCAGUUAAUUUGUCUUUUUCGUAGCUUUUGCCUAGGCCAGUCUCAGACUAUGAUCCUCCUCCUGCCUCCACCUCUCAAGUGGCUGGGAUUAUAGAGCUGUGUCUUUGCGUCCAGCAUGAAGCAUUUCUUUCUUCCUUUUUUGGCGGUACUGGGGUUUGAACUCAGGACCUUGUGCUUGCUAGACAGGCCCUCUUCUAUUUUGAGCUGCACCCAUUUUAUUCAGCUUCAGACUAUGAUCCUCCUUCCUCUGCCUCCCUCCUAGCAGGGAUUACAGGUGUGCUCCACUAUGCCCAGCCCCCAGCAGCUCUGACCUGUAGACAUCUUCCUUUGCGAUGUCAUCCAGUAGGACAAAGCUGUCAUCCCAGAACCCCCAAGCUUCCCACAGGUGUGGGGAUCAAGGUCACUCUGCAGAGCUCAAGGGGAUAGAACUGGAUGCAGCACAGAGAGGACCUGUCUUGCUGCUGGGCACAGGUCCCUGGCAGCCUGGACUGUGGAGGCUGGAGCCCUGUCCUGCCCUCCCCACCCCCACCCCCCCGCAGCCCACAGUGACAGCAGUGCCAAUUCCCCCUGCCCUCCACAGAGCACCUACUGCUGGACAGGACCUGGGACCCAGCCCAGAACUCCACAGGCUAAACAGAGGCCUCAGAUCCAGUCUGCAUCCUAAGGGAGCAUUCUGAUCUCUAAGGGCCUGGGAAACACCCGCACAUUCACAGCACCAACCAUCUCCCCUCAAACAUCUUAUGUGGAAGCAGGACACGGCAGUACACAUCUGCAAUCCCAGCACCUGGGAGGCUGAAACAGGAGGAUUGAGAGUUCAAGGACAGCCUGGGCUACAUAGUGAAAAAAAAAGAAAAGUCUCAAAAACAAUAAUACCUGGGCUGGGUAGUUCAUGCCUGUACUCACAGCUUCUCAACAGGCAUUGACGGAAAGGACUAGGGAUCACGGCUAGCUCAGGCGAAAAACAAGAUUCCUUCUCAACCAACAAGCACGGCGUGAUGGUACACACCUGUGGGAGGCAUAAGUAGGAGGAUCGUGAUCUGAGGCUGGCCCCAGGCAAAACCACCAAGACACCCUAUCCGGGAAACAACUAAAACAAGAUCAGGCCAGGGGCAUGGGUUUGGAGGCAAAGAAACUGCCUAGCAAUUGUGAGGCCCAGAGUUCAAUUCCCAUUACUGCCAAAAAAAUAUAUCACUUCAUUUUUAAUUUGCAUA